AUGCGUGCUGGUACUUCGAAAGGUCUCUUCAUUCAUCGUCAUGAUUUGCCAUCUUCCCAAUCAGCGUGGGCUGGCCCAUUACUUGCUGCCAUGGGUUCUCAAGGCUCAGACGCUCGACAGAUUGACGGAGUUGGAGGAGCGACUUCAACGACUUCCAAAGUUGCAGUGGUUUCGCCAUCAUCACGAAUGGGCGUCGAUAUCGAUUAUACUUUUGUACAAGUAGCAGUGGGUCAGGAGGUGGUCGACUUCAGCGGAAACUGUGGAAACAUGUGCGCUGGCGUCGGACCAUUUGCACUACAAGAAGGCUUAGUGCGUGCAAGGCCUGGAGAAAAGACUCUUGAUGUCCGGAUCUUCAACACAAACACAUCGCGGCUCAUUGUCGACACUGUCCAAGUAGGCGAAGACGGGUCGUUUGAUGAAGACGGAGACUACGCGAUACCAGGUGUCAAGGGAACCGGAAGCGAAGUAAAAGUGGCCUUUGUGGAUCCUGCCGGGAGCAUGACCGGAACUCUCUUUCCUACGGGGAGAAGAUGUGAUACUAUUCAUGUGAAAGGACAAGACGGCGAUCGCUUCUCAGUCCAGGCCACGUUAAUAGAUGCAGCAAAUCCCUUUGUCCUAGUCGACGAACGAACAUUACCGCCAUACCUGAGGACAGGGAGCAAAGAUGCCGCCGCCUACCUCAAGCACAUGGAGGCAAUACGAUGUACUGGCGCCGUCAUGAUGGGUCUUGCUUCUGAUAUAGACGCUGCUGCAAAAGUCCGCGGCACACCGAAGCUGGCGAUUAUUUCUUCUCCUCAACCAGAUGACCAUGGCCGGGAAGGCACGCCGGACGUUCAUGUCCAAGCUUUCAGUAUGGGCAAACCCCACCCGAGCCUGCAACUCACAGGUGCGGCAUGCUUGGCGUCGGCCGUGUGCAUAGAAGGUACCGUAGCCCACGGACUUGCAUCCGGCGGCAAGACACAGUCCUCCUGGCAGUCGUCUUCACCUGAGCGGACACCGAGUCCCUGCUCAGACUCUGAUGGUAGCUCCUCGGAUCUUCUACCAAGCCAAAGGAGAGUCUGUCUUUCGCAUUCGAGCGGGUCGAUCAAGGUUGAUGUUUUGGCAACCAGCUCGGAAUCGUUUGCUUUUGUCGAUAGGUGCGUUGUCUCGCGGACUGCUCGGCGGUUAUUCGAGGGCAAGGUGUAUUAUUACUCAGGUAGCGUCUAA